GACUUUUGAUAGUUAGAGAGAGGCAAUUCCCAUCCCCCACACAAAAGGUUGUGGGAAAAAGUUCUAUUUGUACACACUGCGAUGAUGGCGAUGAUGAUGCCUGCAAUCUCCAACAGGAGCAACAAGACCAGCUCUAACACAAACAAUAACAACAUUAACAUUUUUCAAUUCCUUUCUUUCCUCUUCACAGUUCCAUAUCCCUCUUCCUGUCUCUCUCUCCCUCUCACUUUCUUUUUCUUCUGUUGCUAAUUCUCUCUUCAUCAGUUUACUCAUCACAUGGCAUAACCAUGACCAAUCCGUGCUCGCCUGUCUAUCACAUCCCAUGCAAGUAUAGUGACAACCCAUGAUAUAAAAUUGGAAAACAAGAAGCCAACAAGGAAACUAAACAAAGUUAUGGAGAGCAAGUGCGGUUGCUGGCCUGUCUUAAAACGUGGGGUUAGAGGUUCUCGCAAGUCCUCUGCCUCUAGAGAUUCUGCUAACUCUAUCCCUCGUACUAGUCUUGUUUAUGAUGCAGCUACUGAAACAAGAUAUCUAAAUGCAAGCAAUCGAGAGUUAUGUGCUCCUAAUGAAGCUCAACUAUCCUAUGACAAUCCUCAUCCACCACCCACAGAUACCAAAUCUCCAUGCCAGUCACUUCAGUUUACUUUUCAAGAACUAAAAUCAGCAACCGGGAAUUUUAGGCCUGAUAGCAUUCUUGGAGAGGGCGGAUUUGGAUACGUGUUUAAAGGAUGGAUAGAGGAGCAUGGGACAGCACCAGCAAAACCUGGGUCAGGAAUCACAGUUGCGGUGAAGAGUUUAAAGCCAGAUGGUCUUCAAGGCCAUAGAGAAUGGGUGGCUGAAGUUGAUUUUCUUGGACAGCUUCAUCAUCCUAAUCUUGUUAAGCUUAUUGGUUACUGCAUUGAGGAUGAUCAGCGGCUUCUUGUUUAUGAGUUUAUGACACGAGGAAGUCUUGAAAAUCAUCUUUUUAGAAGGACAAUACCUCUUCCAUGGUCCAACAGGAUUAAGAUUGCACUUGGAGCAGCAAAAGGGUUGGCCUUUCUCCAUGGUGGUCCUGAACCAGUUAUUUACAGGGAUUUUAAGACAUCAAACAUUUUGCUUGACUCGGAAUACAAUGCAAAGCUUUCAGAUUUUGGUCUAGCAAAAGCUGGGCCUCAAGGGGACAAAACUCAUGUUUCUACCAGGGUUGUUGGGACAUAUGGCUAUGCUGCUCCAGAGUAUGUGAUGACAGGACACUUGACAUCUAAGAGUGAUGUUUACAGCUUCGGAGUUGUGCUACUUGAGAUUCUGACAGGUAGAAGAUCAAUGGACAAGAAGCGACCUAGUGGUGAACAGAAUCUUGUUACAUGGGCACGGCCUUAUUUAGCUGACAAGAGAAAGAUGUACCAGCUAGUGGAUCCCAGGUUGGAGCUAAAUUACUCCCUUAAAGGGGCCCAGAAAGUUUCUCAGUUGGCUUUCAGCUGCCUCAGUAGGGAUUCAUAUUCCCGCCCCACAAUGGAUGAAGUUGUGAAAGUUCUCACUCCAUUGCAAGAUCUUAACGACCUUGCCAUUUUAUCAUACCACUCUCGUUUGUCUCAACAAGGGAAGCGCAAGAAGAAGAGCGAAGGAGCACAAAAGCACACGAACGUAUCAUCCAAAAGCAUCAGAGAUUCUCCCUUGAAUACAGGCAAGCAGCGUUUUAGAUAAAAGACAAUCAAUUCAAUCUCCUUGAUUGAUUCGACUAUCAAAAAAACAAAGGUCGGCAUUCCGCCUUUGCAUAAUGGCUAUUCUGAAGGGAAUAUUUGAAGUUUGUUGUAUGACAUUUGGGUGUUCUAAGAUUUGCUGAAGCCGGAAAUGCGUAUGGAGAACGGUAAAUCAGCUUCUAUAAAAACUUACAUUUAGAGAGCUAACAAUCAAUUCGGACCUUGCCCGCGAAUUGCUGUUGCUGUAAUAGAGAUAUAACUUGUAAUCAGAUGAAACCUUCUACUUCUAAGAUUUCUGUAUGCUGCUGUCUGGAUGUCAAUUAUUAAAAGGUUUUGGAGGUGCA